GUCUGCUGAUAAAGAUCAAAGAAGAAGAAGAAGAAGCGCCCACCAAGAAGUAGACAAGAGGAAAGAUGGCGUCGCUGAAUGACAGAUCAGUUUGGGAUGAGGUGGAGGAUGGGAUCGGCGAAGAAGUCCUCAAAAUGUCCACUGAAGAGAUCGUUCAGCGGACACGUCUUCUGGACAGUGAAAUAAAGAUCAUGAAGAGUGAGGUGUUGAGGGUAACCCAUGAGCUGCAGGCCAUGAAGGACAAAAUCAAAGAAAACACAGAGAAGAUCAAAGUGAACAAGACCCUGCCGUACCUGGUCUCCAAUGUCAUCGAGCUUCUGGAUGUGGACCCAAAUGACCAGGAGGAGGAUGGAGCAAACAUUGAUCUAGACUCCCAGAGGAAGGGCAAAUGUGCUGUCAUCAAAACAUCUACAAGACAGACAUACUUCCUCCCGGUCAUUGGCUUGGUGGAUGCAGAGAAACUGAAGCCGGGAGACCUUGUGGGGGUAAACAAGGACUCAUACCUGAUCCUGGAGACCCUGCCCACGGAGUACGACUCCAGAGUCAAAGCCAUGGAGGUGGACGAGCGCCCCACUGAACAGUACAGUGACAUUGGUGGAUUAGACAAACAAAUCCAGGAGCUGGUGGAAGCAAUCGUUCUGCCCAUGAACCACAAGGAGAAGUUUGAGAACCUGGGUAUUCAGCCACCUAAGGGGGUUUUGAUGUAUGGCCCCCCAGGCACAGGGAAAACCCUACUGGCUAGGGCCUGUGCUGCCCAGACCAAGGCCACAUUCCUCAAGCUGGCUGGCCCACAGCUGGUCCAGAUGUUCAUUGGUGACGGUGCCAAGCUGGUCCGAGAUGCCUUUGCCCUGGCCAAGGAGAAGGCCCCCUCUAUCAUCUUCAUAGAUGAGCUGGACGCCAUUGGAACCAAACGGUUUGACAGUGAGAAAGCAGGUGACAGAGAGGUCCAGAGAACUAUGCUUGAGCUCCUCAACCAGCUGGAUGGGUUCCAGCCCAACAUGCAAGUUAAGGUUAUCGCUGCCACUAACAGGGUGGAUAUCCUAGAUCCCGCACUGCUGCGUUCUGGACGUCUGGACCGUAAGAUUGAGUUCCCAAUGCCCAAUGAGGAAGCACGAGCCCGCAUCAUGCAGAUUCACUCACGCAAGAUGAACGUCAGCCCUGAUGUCAACUACGAGGAGCUGGCCAGGUGCACUGAUGACUUCAACGGUGCCCAGUGCAAAGCAGUGUGUGUGGAGGCGGGUAUGAUUGCCCUUCGCAGGGGGGCAACUGAGCUCAAUCAUGAGGACUACAUGGAAGGCAUCUUGGAAGUACAGGCCAAGAAGAAGGCCAACCUACAGUACUAUGCCUAAGGGCCUGUCUCUUCAGGGGAAAGAUGUGUGUGUGAUACUCUCCAGUUGUGUGUCCAAAACAUGAACCAAUCUCUGUACUAUAAUGCAGCCAUAAUAGAUUGUCCCCAUUAGUGUGCAACAUUAACACUAAUUGCCACUUCUCUCUCUUUGGGUUUCAUUGGUUCAUUGCGGCUUCGGUAGUUAAGUUGUGAGGCAGGGACUGGAGACACGUUUUGGCUUCUUACAGUAUCUAUGGUCCAUGAAAAAAUAAAAAGGCUUUUUCCAUUAA